AUGUCCUCCUCCAGUACCCCUGUCCUCAUCUCCUCUCACUCCUCCAGUACCAUGUCCUCCUCCAGUACCCCUGUCCUCAUCUCCUCUCACUCCUCCAGUACCAUGUCCUCCUCCAGUACCCCUGUCCUCCUCUCCUCUCACUCCUCCAGUACCAUGUCCUCCUCCAGUACCCCUGUCCUCCUCUCCUCUCACUCCUCCAGUACCAUGUCCUCCUCCAGUACCCCUGUCCUCCUCUCCUCUCACUCCUCCAGUACCAUGUCCUCCUCCAGUACCCCUGUCCUCCUCUCCUCUCACUCCUCCAGUACCAUGUCCUCCUCCAGUACCCCUGUCCUCCUCUCCUCUCACUCCUCCAGUACCAUGUCCUCCUCCAGUACCCCUGUCCUCCUCUCCUCUCACUCCUCCAGUACCAUGUCCUCCUCCAGUACCCCUGUCCUCCUCUCCUCUCACUCCUCCAGUACCAUGUCCUCCUCCAGUACCCCUGUCCUCCUCUCCUCUCACUCCUCCAGUACCAUGUCCUCCUCCAGUACCCCUGUCCUCCUCUCCUCUCACUCCUCCAGUACCAUGUCCUCCUCCAGUACCCCUGUCCUCCUCUCCUCUCACUCCUCCAGUACUCUGUCCUCCUGUCACUCCUCCAGUUUCUAUCAAAGCGACGCCUUCACCAUCUGUUGUUUCAUUCAGCAGAGUGAAGGGUAG